CUUUCCCUUUCCUGCCCUCUGCGUUUCUCAACUCAUUCCACACUUUCCUCUCCCGACGAUCUUAUCACUUUUGUCGCUAUCUUAUCUUCCAUCUCGGCACAAGACAUCCCAACGGAACAAGGAUAGAAAAGAAGGCAUGGAGGGAUCAAUAUUGAAGAAUGAAGCUUUCUUGGUCAUCGUCCUGUUCCUGACAGUACUGGCGGCUCACAGCGCCCAGGGACUCGCAAUUCCCAAGUACGACGAAGAAGCGGCGGACAUGGAAGGGAGAAUGGAGGCCAUCAGGAGGUUUCUCGAAGGUUCUCCAUACCAGCGACCGAGGCUUUUCUCUACUGAUUGGAACAGGGAAUCUAUGGAUCUCGACGACAUCAAGGAUAAGAGGGGCCUGGAUUUUGGAUUGGGCCGAGGUCACUCGGGUUCCUUGACUGCCAAAUAUCUUCUGGGUCAGCUGAUUGCCAACAAUCCGAAUGGGCCAGGACGGAAGUAGAAAAUAGAAAAAGAAGACGAUUGGUCAUUCUUCUCUUCAUUUGUUUCUCAACUCAACGAUAGUGAAGGACGAGCACCAAGGAUGAGAUAGACUGAACUCAGCAAUAAAAAGCAGCCAAACAGCCAAAAAAAAGGAAUCUACAAAGACAGCUGCAUUCACCCCUACACUACGAAGUGGACGGAUUUUGUUGCUGUACGAUACUGAACAAGUAGAACCUGGAAGCUGAGUUCUGGUUAAAGACUAUUCACUUCCCUGUAUAAUGUAAAGUUUGCUCUUAUAGGAAACCACGUCUUGUCAUCUCCAGGUGGCUUCGCUCAAAAAUGAAUUUGGCAGCACCUUCUGAGAACAACAUUUGGUUUCGCGUAGUGGGAAGGAGUAAAAAAAAAUCUAUAAUUAAUGAAGUUGAACAAGUUCACAUAGCCCCGCCCUGUUUAACCGUAGAUCCUACUCUGUCUCGCUCGAAAAAUUUUGACGUCAUGCUCAUCGUGGUGCAAUCUGGUUGGUGGGCGUGGUGGAGACCUACCUCCUGGGCGAAUAUUACAGAGUUAACCGAGUACGUCUUGACCGAUUCCAUGUUUCAAUUUGAAGCAAUUCAACCGUCUCGAAAGAAACAACCAAGAAAAAUUAUGUAGGAUGGAGGUUUUUUUUUCUCCGUUUACUUCGCCAUGUCAUGCCCUGCUUAUGGGGGUUCAACAAUUACGGAAAAUUAACGUUAAAUAUUCAAAUCAUGUCAAUUUAAAAGGAAUUUCAUGGCCGUGACAUCGAGGCUCCUGGUCCACUGAAAGUGGAAGUUAGAUCAUCGUCCUGGGUUCCAUUGUUUAGAAAUACCGCGAAUCAUCGAGCCACCUUUAGCGUAUCGUGGUCUUUUAUUACAGUCACUAAGGUCUUUUUCGACUGUCAACAUCUGCGCAAUAAAGAACGACCAAAGAUACCAUUUCCCCAACGCAGAAGUUUGCGGGAUGGAAGUGCGUCUCUUCUUGAUAAUUUGUUGCCAAAAAGCCAAAGCAGAGUUCUAGCCGCUUGUGAAGGCACAUGCUUCUCAUUGGCCUGUAAGUGUCGAAGACAAUGACUUUCUGCAUUUAGCCCUUUAUUAUUUUUCCACAACGUCUCUAAUUGCAUUUUUUUUGCGAAUUCCAAGAAAGAUUAGUUACAAAUGAGUGUUUCUUUGGAUGACGACGGAAAAUCACUUUCGUAUUAUUUCCAUGGAGUUCUGUUUUUAGAUAUCCAAUUGGAGGCUUAGGUUAGCAGACGGCUGUUUUCGUCAAAUAUUUUUCGAGUGAGACAAAUUGUAAAUCCUGUGACUAAAUGAAUAAACCCUUCAGCAGGAGGCAUUAUUUAUUAUCGACGUAACCGUUUAGUUUGGUUAAUCGAAUUAUGCAUGCCCCGUUGGAUUCGUUUUGCUUUCUCCAAGGCUUCUUCCUCGAUUUAUUUUCCAUGUUCGAAUGUGUAGCAUCCCCUCCCCUACCUUACAGCAAAUUCCAAUCUCAAGAGUUUUUCUCGAGACUGAGGACACGCUUCGUUUUUUGAGGGUUGAUCAAAAUGGUGCAGCAUGAGGGGGCAAUCCACACUGAUCAGCCAUUUUUCGUCAUUCAACUCAAAAUCUCCGUUCCCUUGCAAACAAAGCCACGAUCGAUGCCAUGACAAUCACGAGACAGAUUUUCCUUAAUUUACGCUUCCAUCAUUUCCCAUUAGACGAGUUCUCUUGGACGAACUCGAAUACUAAAGCCAGUUGUGGAAGAUGAUCACCAAGGUGACUAAUAAUCGAAACGUGUCCUCCUUUUCGAGGGUGAUACAGGCUUUUCUUCAUCUGCCGAGAUUUUCUUUCCACAUGCAAUGAACACCAGGAACUUUAAAAUCCACUUUAAAAAAUUGCAUACCUUUUUUUUUGCAGUUGACAGGAUUUCAACAUGAAAUAAAAACGA